AUGGGUCGGGGGAAGGUGGAGAUGAGGCGGAUCGAGAACAAGAUAAGCCGGCAGGUGACGUUCGCCAAGCGCCGGAAUGGGCUGCUCAAGAAGGCCUACGAGCUCUCGCUGCUCUGCGACGCCGAGGUCGCCCUCAUCAUCUUCUCCGGCCGCGGCCGCCUCUUCGAGUUCUCAAGCUCCUCAUGCAUGUACAAAACACUUGAGAGAUACCGUACCUGCAACUCCAACUCACAAGAAGCAGCACCUCCGCUAGAAAAUGAAAUUAAUUACCAGGAAUAUUUGAAGCUCAAGACCAGAGUUGAAUUUCUUCAAAGUUCACAAAGAAAUAUUCUUGGUGAGGAUCUGGGCCCACUUAGCAUGAAGGAGCUUGACCAGAUAGAGAACCAAAUAGAUGCAUCCCUCAAGCAUAUCAGGUCAAAAAAGAAUCAAGUAUUACUCGAUCAGCUGUUUGAACUGAAAAGUAAGGAGCAAGAAUUGCAGGAUGAAAACAAAGACUUGAGGAAGAAGUUGCAAGAUACCACCAGCAGCUGCGGAGAGAAUGCGGUCCAUAUGUCCUGGCAAGACGGAGGGCAGUCUAGCUCCAGAGUACUCCAACACCCGGAGCAUGAUACCUCCAUGCAAAUUGGGUAUCCUCAGGCCUACAUGGACCAGCUGAACAGCAGAGAUCACGUGGCUUCUGAACGCCCUGGUGGAGGAUCGUCUGCAGGGUGGAUAUGA